GCUAGUGGGGUUCCUGCUUCAGCUUAAUGCUUCAUGGGGGCAUGGAAGUUGGAUUAUGACCUUUUGCUGCAUCUACUUGGUACUUCCUUAUGCAGGAGAAUAACUGGUAAUUAAAAUGUGCAGGAUGAAAAGAUGGAGCAGCCAGUGCUUGUACCACCAGGACCUGACAGCUUCCACUACUUCACUAGAGAGUCUCUUGCAGCUAUUGAACAACGCAUUGCUGCAGAAAAGGCUAAGCAGCCCAAAGACCAUAAAGACGUCGACGAUGAAAAUGGCCCAAAGCCAAGUAGUGACUUGGAGGCUGGCAAAUCACUGCCAUUUAUUUAUGGAGACAUACCUCCUGGAAUGGUGGCUACUCCCUUGGAAGACCUGGACCCAUUUUAUGUUAAUAAAAAAACUUUUAUAGUAUUGAAUAGAGGGAAGGCAAUUUUCCGAUUCAGUGCCACCCCUGCCCUUUACAUUUUAAGUCCUUUCAGCAUUCUUAGAAAAAUAGCUAUUAAGAUUUUGGUACAUUCAUUAUUCAGCAUGCUCAUUAUGUGCACUAUUUUGACCAACUGCGUAUUUAUGACCCUAAGUAAUCCUCCUGAAUGGACAAAGAAUGUAGAGUAUACAUUCACAGGAAUAUAUACAUUUGAAUCACUUAUAAAAAUUAUUGCAAGGGGCUUUUGUAUAGACGGUUUCACCUUCCUCCGAGAUCCCUGGAAUUGGCUUGAUUUCACCGUCAUUACAUUUGCAUAUGUGACAGAGUUUGUGGACCUGGGCAAUGUCUCAGCGUUGAGAACAUUCAGAGUUCUCCGAGCAUUGAAAACAAUAUCAGUCAUCCCAGGCCUGAAGACAAUUGUGGGAGCCCUCAUUCAGUCUGUGAAGAAGCUGUCAGAUGUAAUGAUUCUGACUGUGUUUUGUCUGAGUGUAUUUGCUCUAAUAGGGCUCCAGCUGUUCAUGGGCAACUUGAGGCAUAAAUGCUUAUACUGGAAUCCGGAGAAUUCUACAGAUUCAAAUGAUACUUACCUAUUUAAUUUCACAUUGGGAGAAAAUAGUACAUUUAAUAGUACAUUUAAUGGUACCCAAUUUGACUGGAACGAGUACAUAGGGGAUCCAAGUCAUUUUUACACUUUGGAAGGACAAAAUGAUGCUUUGCUUUGUGGCAACAGUUCCGACGCAGGUCAAUGUCCAGAAGGAUAUGUAUGUAUAAAGGCUGGUAGAAACCCAAACUAUGGCUAUACAAGCUUUGAUACAUUUAGCUGGGCCUUCUUGUCACUCUUUCGAUUGAUGACUCAGGACUACUGGGAAAAUCUUUAUCAGCUGACUCUGCGUGCGGCUGGCAAAACCUACAUGAUCUUUUUUGUUCUGGUGAUUUUCCUGGGCUCUUUUUACCUGAUCAACUUGAUCCUAGCUGUUGUUGCCAUGGCCUACGAUGAGCAGAAUCAGGCCACCAUGGAAGAAGCGGAGCAGAAAGAGGCGGAGUUUCAGCAGAUGCUAGAGCAGCUGAAAAAACAACAAGAAGCAGCUCAGGCAGCGGUGACAGCUGCAGCGACAGCAUCGGCUGAGUCAAAAGAUCCCAGUGCAGGAGGCGGAAUAGGGGGGCUUUCUGAAAGUUCUUCUGAAGCAUCAAAGUUGAGUUCAAAGAGUGCCAAAGAGAGGAGAAAUAGAAGGAAGAAAAGAAAGCAAAAAGAGCAAUCUGGAGGAGAGGAAAAAGAUGAAGAUGAGUUUCAUAGAUCUGAAUCAGAAGAUAGCAUCCGGAGAAAAGGUUGCCGAUUCUCUAUUGAAGGGAAUAGGUUAACACUAGAACGGAAACACUCUUCUCCCCACCAGUCUUUGCUGAGCAUGCGUGGCUCCCUGUUUUCCCCAAGGCGCAACAGCAGAACAAGCCUUUUCAGCUUCAGAGGUAGAGCAAAGGAUAUAGGAUCAGAGAAUGACUUUGCUGAUGAUGAACACAGCACAUUUGAAGAUAAUGAUAGCAGAAGAGAUUCCCUUUUUGUGCCGCGCAGACAUGGUGAACGGCGCAACAGUAACAUUAGUCAGGCCAGUAGGUCAUCCAGGAUGCUGGCAGUGUUUCCAGUGAAUGGGAAGAUGCACAGCACUGUGGAUUGCAAUGGGGUGGUUUCCUUGGUUGGUGGACCAUCUGUUCCUACAUCGCCUGUUGGACAGCUUCUGCCAGAGGUGAUAAUAGAUAAACCAGCUACUGAUGACAAUGCCACAACCACAGAGACAGAAAUGAAAAAAAGAAGAUCAAGUUCUUUUCACGUUUCUAUGGAUUUCUUGGAAGACCCUACUCUAAGAGAAAGAGCCAUGAGUAUAGCUAGCAUAAUCACAAACACCAUGGAAGAACUUGAAGAGUCAAGACAGAAAUGCCCACCUUGUUGGUACAAAUUUGCAAACAUUUUCUUGAUCUGGGACUGCUGCCCAUGUUGGUUGAAAGUAAAGCAUUAUAUGAACAUAUUUGUGAUGGAUCCAUUUGUUGAUCUUGCUAUUACAAUUUGCAUUGUUUUAAAUACACUGUUCAUGGCAAUGGAGCAUUACCCAAUGACAGAAGGAUUUGCUCACGUGCUUAAUGUUGGAAACCUGGUGUUCACUGGAAUCUUCACAGGAGAAAUGGUUCUCAAACUAAUAGCUAUGGAUCCCUAUUAUUACUUCCAAGAAGGCUGGAAUAUUUUUGAUGGCUUUAUUGUUACCCUUAGUUUGGUUGAGCUUGGCCUAUCAGAUGUGGAAGGACUGUCAGUUCUCCGGUCUUUCAGAUUGCUGCGAGUUUUCAAAUUGGCAAAAUCUUGGCCGACGCUAAAUAUGCUGAUCAAAAUUAUUGGCAACUCCGUGGGUGCUUUGGGAAAUCUGACCUUGGUCCUGGCCAUCAUUGUCUUUAUUUUUGCUGUGGUUGGGAUGCAGCUGUUUGGCAAAAGCUACAAGGAAUGUGUGUGCAAGAUUGCUGCAGACUGUGAACUCCCACGCUGGCACAUGAACGACUUUUUCCACUCUUUCUUGAUCGUGUUCCGAGUCCUUUGCGGAGAAUGGAUAGAGACCAUGUGGGACUGUAUGGAGGUGGCUGGACAAACCAUGUGCCUUACAGUCUUCAUGAUGGUCAUGGUGAUUGGAAAUCUGGUGGUACUGAAUCUAUUUUUGGCCUUGCUACUGAGCUCAUUUAGUGCAGACAACCUUGCUGCCACAGAUGAUGACAACGAAAUGAACAAUCUCCAGAUUUCUAUGGCAAGAAUAGAUAAAGGAAUAGCCUAUGCGAAAAGAAAAAUUCGUGAAUUCAUCCAGAAAUCCUUUGUUAAAAAGCAAAAAGCUUUAGAUGAAAUCAAACCGCUCGAAGAGCUGAACAAUAAGAACAGCUGCAUUUCUAACCAUACCAUUGAAAUUUGCAAAGAUCUGGAUUAUUUUAGGGAUGGAAAUGGAACCGGCACAAGCGGCAUAGGCACAGGUAGCAGUGUAGAAAAAUAUAUUGUGGAUGAAAGUGAUUACAUGUCGUUCAUAAAUAAUCCAAGCCUGACCGUGACUGUGCCAAUCGCUGUUGGAGAAUCAGAUUUUGAAAAUUUAAACACAGAAGAGUUUAGUAGUGAAUCAGAUUUGGAAGAAAGCAAAGAGAAGCUAACUACAUCUAGUUCAUCUGAAGGAAGCACCGUUGAUAUUGGACUUCCUGCGGAAGAGCAACCGGAAGCAGAACCGGAGGAAGCGCUUGAACCCGAAGCUUGUUUUACGGAAGGUUGCGUGCAAAGGUUCAAGUGCUGUCAAGUUAGUGUAGAAGAGGGGAGAGGAAAACUAUGGUGGAAUCUCAGGAAAACUUGUUUCCGAAUCGUUGAACACAACUGGUUUGAAACCUUCAUUGUCUUUAUGAUUCUUCUUAGCAGUGGUGCUCUGGCAUUUGAAGACAUAUACAUUGAACAGAGGAAAACUAUCAAGACCAUGCUGGAAUAUGCUGACAAGGUCUUCACAUACAUCUUCAUUCUUGAGAUGCUUCUGAAGUGGGUAGCAUAUGGAUAUCAAACGUACUUCACUAAUGCCUGGUGUUGGCUGGAUUUCCUGAUUGUUGAUGUAUCUUUGGUUAGCUUAACAGCAAAUGCAUUGGGUUAUUCAGAACUUGGUGCCAUUAAGUCCCUUAGGACACUGAGAGCUUUGAGACCUUUGAGAGCCUUAUCAAGAUUUGAAGGGAUGAGGGUGGUUGUGAAUGCCCUUCUAGGAGCAAUUCCAUCCAUUAUGAAUGUGCUUCUCGUAUGUCUUAUAUUCUGGCUAAUUUUCAGCAUCAUGGGAGUAAACCUGUUUGCUGGCAAAUUCUACCACUGUAUUAACACAACUACUGGUGAAAUGUUCACAAUCGAUGAAGUUAACAAUAAGACUCAGUGUGAGGAACUCAUAGAAGCAAAUGCAACAGCGAGAUGGAAAAAUGUGAAAGUUAAUUUUGAUAAUGUAGGAUUUGGAUAUCUCUCUUUACUGCAAGUAGCUACGUUUAAAGGAUGGAUGGAUAUUAUGUAUGCAGCAAUCGAUUCAAGAAAUGUACAGGAUCAGCCUAAGUACGAGGACAACCUUUAUAUGUAUCUUUACUUUGUUAUCUUCAUAAUCUUUGGAUCAUUCUUCACCCUGAAUCUAUUUAUUGGUGUCAUCAUUGAUAACUUCAAUCAGCAAAAAAAGAAGUUCGGAGGUCAAGACAUCUUUAUGACAGAAGAACAGAAAAAGUACUACAAUGCAAUGAAAAAACUGGGGUCUAAAAAGCCUCAAAAACCUAUACCUAGACCAGGGAACAAGUAUCAAGGCAUGGUCUUUGACUUUGUGACAAAACAAGUGUUCGACAUCACUAUUAUGAUUCUUAUCUGCCUUAAUAUGAUCACUAUGAUGGUGGAAACGGAUGAUCAAACUGAUUAUGCAGUGGAAGUUCUAUACCGCAUUAACCUGAUAUUCAUUAUCCUUUUCUCUGGAGAAUGUGUCCUCAAAUUAAUUUCCCUGCGCUAUUAUUAUUUCACCAUCGGAUGGAACAUUUUUGAUUUUGUGGUCGUCAUUCUCUCCAUUGUAGGUAUGUUCCUAUCAGAGAUCAUUGAAAAAUACUUUGUGUCGCCCACCUUGUUCCGAGUGAUUCGGCUUGCCAGGAUAGGUCGAAUCCUGCGUCUGAUCAAGGGCGCUAAAGGGAUCCGGACUCUGCUCUUUGCCUUGAUGAUGUCUCUUCCUGCCUUGUUUAACAUUGGUCUCCUCCUCUUCCUCGUCAUGUUCAUCUACGCCAUAUUCGGAAUGUCCAACUUUGCCUACGUGAAGAGAGAAGUUGGAAUUGACGACAUGUUCAACUUUGAAACUUUUGGCAAUAGCAUGAUCUGCCUCUUUAUGAUCACCACCUCUGCUGGCUGGGACGGCUUGCUAGCGCCCAUUCUCAACAGCGGGCCGCCCGACUGUGACCCUAAAAAACCCCACCCAGGAAGCUCCGUCAAAGGAGACUGCGGCAAUCCCUCCGUUGGGAUUUUCUUCUUUGUCAGCUACAUUAUCAUAUCGUUCUUAGUUGUUGUAAACAUGUAUAUUGCCGUCAUUUUGGAGAACUUUGGUGUGGCGACUGAAGAAAGUGCUGAACCCUUGAGUGAGGACGACUUUGAAAUGUUCUAUGAGGUCUGGGAAAAGUUUGACCCAGAUGCAACUCAGUUUAUGGAAUUUGAAAAACUCUCAGAGUUUGCAGCUGCUUUGGAACCUCCUCUUCAUUUAGCUAAACCAAAUAAGGUUCAGCUUAUUGCAAUGGAUCUGCCUAUGGUAAGUGGUGACAGAAUUCACUGCCUUGACAUCUUGUUUGCUUUCACAAAACGUGUUUUGGGGGAGAGCGGAGAGAUGGACGCCCUCCGCAUACAGAUGGAAGAGCGUUUUAUGCAAUCCAAUCCUUCCAAAGCCUCCUAUGAGCCCAUUACAACUACGUUAAAACGGAAACAGGAGGAGUUAUCUGCUCUCAUUAUCCAACAGGCUUACAGGCGUUACCGUUUAAGACAAACAGUUCACCAAGCCUCAUUUAUAUAUAAUAAAAAUAAAAUGGGAGGGACUGGCCAACGUAUCAAAGAUACACUCCUCAUUGACAAGAUAAAUGAAAACUCUUACACAGAAAAAACAGAUCUGACCAUGUCAACAGCUAUGUGUCCACCAUCCUAUGAUCGUGUAACCAAGCCCAUCGAAGAAAAACAUGAAAAAGAAGGCAAGGAUGUACAGAAGAAAAAAUAAAACAAGUUAAAAAUUCUGAUUGGGUGACAAAUUGUUUACAGCCUGUGUGAGUAAUGUAGUUGUGUCAACAGGACUCCUCUAGGGGGUAUAUGCCAAACAGACAGUUUUUACUAAUAUACUGUAUUCUUAAGGUCAGUGCCUAUAACAAGACAGAAACCCCUCGUCAUCACAAUGGGACUGUAUGAUGUGGAAAGAAUGACAGGAGGUUACUGUUUUCAUUACCAGCUGACACUGCUGAAGAGGAGAGAGAAAUGGCGAAUCAGACUGUAGGGACCAGUAAAAGGGGUUGAAACAACUAUUUUUUCUCUCUGUGUGUUAAAACAUAAAACACUUAGUACAGUCAGUGUAUCCACUGUUUGCAUUUCAACUGCCACAUUUCUCAUCUUUUUACAAAAAAACAAAUAUCUGUGUUGGUGGAUUCAUCUCCCCCCCUUCUUUUUAUUCACACCUUGUGACUAUUUUUGUAAAUGGGGUUUAUGUUGGGGAAAGGGAUCAGUACUACUUUACCGGUAUGAGGACCAGGUGUUCUAUUAUAUGACUCUCUUAUAUGCACACCAAAAUGAUUUGCAUGGAGGCAUGCUGCA